GCCGCCAGGUGGCGCCCCUCCAUCUCCGCCGAGGCCCGGGCUGGACGCAGGAUUCGGGCGUCAGCUCGCGCGCACGCGUGCUCGCGGCUCGCUCGCCAACAUGGCGCCGGUGGAGCACGUUGUGGCGGACGCGGGGGCUUUCCUGCGGGACGCGGCUCUGCAGGACAUCGGGAAGAACAUCUACACCAUCCGCGACGUGGUCAACGAGAUUCGCGACAAGGCCACGCGCAGGCGGCUGGCGGUCCUGCCCUACGAGCUGCGGUUCAAGGAGCCCUUCCCGGAGUACGUGCGCCUGGUGACUGAGUUCUCCAAGAAAACCGGAGACUACCCCAGCCUCUCUGCCACUGACAUCCAGGUGCUGGCGCUCACCUACCAGCUGGAAGCAGAGUUCGUCGGGGUGUCACACCUGAAACAAGAACCUGAAAAGGCUAAAGUGAGCUCAUCCAUUCAGCACCCUGAAACUCCUCUUCACAUUUUGGGUUUCCAUCUGCCUUCCAAGUCUAAGUACCCACAAGACACAGUGGAUCAAGGACAGCAAGCCCGGGAGCCUGAGGACCCGGCAUUCAGCUCCUUCAUGUUCUGGAGAAACCCACUGCCCAGUAUUGACCAGGAGCUCCAGGAGCUGCUGAUGGACCAAGGUGAGGAUGAUCCCAGGGAGGAGCAAGAAGAGAAAGAAGAGGAAAAUGGAUUUGAAGAAAGCAAAGAGGACAGUGAUGACGAUGGUGGCUGGAUCACCCCCAGCAACAUCAAGCAGAUCCAGCAGGAGCUGGAGCAGUGUGACGUCCCGAAGGACGUGCGAGUUGGCUGUGUGACCACAGACUUUGCCAUGCAGAACGUUCUGCUGCAGAUGGGGCUGCAUGUGCUGGCGGUGAACGGCAUGCUGAUCCGUGAGGCCCGGAGCUACAUCUUGCGCUGCCAUGGCUGCUUCAAGACGACGUCUGACAUGAGCCGAGUGUUCUGUGCCCACUGUGGGAACAAGACCCUAAAGAAGGUGUCGGUGACUGUCAGUGACGAUGGCACCCUGCACAUGCACUUCUCCCGCAACCCCAAGGUGCUGAAUCCACGAGGAUUGCGGUAUUCACUGCCCAUGCCCAAGGGGGGCAAGUAUGCCACCAACCCUCACCUGACCGAAGACCAGCGCUUCCCACAGCUGCGACUCUCCCGCAAAGCCCGGCAGAAAACCAAUGUGUUUGCCCCUGACUAUGUGGCCGGACUGUCCCCCUUCGCUGAGAACGACAUCUCCAGCCGCUCGGCUGCUCUGCAGCUCCGGGACAGUGCCCUGGGAGGAGGGCGGAGACGCUUAAACCCCAACGCUUCCAGGAAGAAGUUUGUGAAGAAGAGGUGAAAUGCAGGCUGUCCUGCUGUCCUGCUGUCUGCUCUCCCUGGCACUGGGCUGGAUUGGGCCUGGCUGGGCAGCUGCCAGAGCGUGGCAUGCUGGAGGGUGUCCCAGAGCCUGGCCCUCAGGGCACAGUGGCCCAAGAUCACCCACCCUGGAAGGCGGUGAUGGCCAGAGGCAGUAUUUUUCUAACUUUGGAUGAGGGCUUCAGUGCAUUUUGUUAAAUAGACUGUAUUUUUGCUUCUUUGUAAUUUGAAGACUGCUACACAAGGAUCAAAUGUUUAUAUUUAUCUUUUUGUCAGAAAAUAUUAAAAAUAAAACUAGGAACCACCA